AUACUUCAUAUCUGUACAUUCAGUGCUGACAAUUGCCAUUGUGCAGGCGGUCAUAAAAAAAAAGGUAAAUACGUAUAUGGCAUUUGCACGAGUAUCGUGUAGCGAGAAGUCUGUCGUCCCAUUGUGUAAUUGCAGUCACACAACAGCAGCGAGCCAGUGGGAAACACACAUGACGGGUAUCGUGACGCAGUGAAUCCCCGGUCUCUGUACCAGCUGCUGCACCGACGUACAGCGGACAGGGGAUCUGCUUAAGAGACGUCUACAAGGCUACACAUGUCUGACCAAUUGAUGCUUCACAACCCUAUUCAGUUCCAGAAUGUCUUUGAAGCUACCCAUAAUAUAUUCAACUCGUUGUUCACCUAAAAAAGUGACAUGUUUCAUACUGCUGUUAAUGUUGAUGGGGUAUUUGCCCUUCAUAAUAUAUGACAUGUAUGUAACAUCUGUAGAAAUUAAGUUCUACAGCAUUCACAUGGAAGAUGUUACUUGCAAUACCAAUGAGUUUAUGUGCAUAAUACCAGAUUAUGACCCAUAUGAUCCACAAGUAAGACAGUACUUGUCUACAUCACAUGUAAUCCAAUGUGGCCAACCGCAGCUCUACCUCACAUAUCUGGAUUCUGAUGGCUUCAUUCAUCUUAACAAGACGACCAUCAGGAACAGUGGACAUAAAGAGAGUGAUUACGAAUGCCACUACUCAGAGAUUUUCCGCACAAAUAAAUCAGACGAUAAGUUUUCUUUAGGAAUUGCGCAAAUGUUUAGGGAAACUGAAAAAAUUCGUUCAUCUACAUUUGUUCUAGUGAGGUGCUACUUAAAGAAAGCGGAGUUGGUGUACGAAACAGGACACGCAUAUGUGCCUCCCCCAUCUGCAGAACUGAAUGAAGUCUCCAGGAGACAGGGUUAUGAUGAUACUGAUCGUCCCAGCGUCCUCAUAUUUGGACUAGACUCCAUGUCACGCCUGAAUGUUAUUCGGCAGCUUCCAAGGACAUACCACUUUCUUACCAAUGUUCUGGAUGCCAUAGUUUUCACAGGAGUGACCAAAACUGGUGACAAUACUUUCCCCAAUAUGAUGGCACUGUUAUCUGGAAUUAAUGUUCAUAAAUGGAACAAUAAAACCAGCACCUUCACAGUAGAGAGACCUGCCUACUUUGAUGACAUUCCUCUAGUCUGGGAUUCAUUCAAAGAUAGCGGAUAUGUUACAAUGUACAAUGAAGACUCUCCAAGUCUGACAAUCUUUAACUUCUGUGCAUCAGGCUUCAAGGACCCUCCAACAGACUAUUAUGUACGCCCAUUUUGGCUUGCUAUGAAUAGUAUUAAUAAUUUUAAAUCAAAAGACAAUCGGUGUUACGGCAGUACUCCAAAACACAUGUACCUUCUUGAUUAUAUUGAACAGUUUGCAGCAAGGAUGAAAUAUCACCGGUAUUUUGCGUUCACGUUCCUGACACUUCUCAGUCAUGAUGACCUCAACGAAGUGCAGGUAGCAGACUCAGAUUUUGAGAACAUGUUCCUCAAGAUGCAGCAGGGAGGACAACUCAACAACACCAUUGUUAUAAUGCUGGGAGACCAUGGAAACCGGUUCACUGAACUACGAAAGACAGACAUUGGACGAAUAGAGGAUCGCAUGCCCUUCCUUGCUGUGUCACUUCCAAAACAAUUCAAACACAGAUUCCCGCAUCUAGUGGCAGGACUGGAAGAGAACCGUAACAAUCUGCUCAGUUGGUUCGACUUCUAUGAAAUGCUCAUGGACUUAGCUCAUAACAACCUGGGAAAGAAAUCCUUGGUCAAUCGUUAUGGAACCAUUGGAAGCUCACCAUUUCGAUGGAUAUCAAGAAAUCGAACCUGCCAAGAAGCUGGGAUACCUGACGAGUACUGCAUAUGUGCAAGGGAGACACAGCUGAACACAGAUGAUGAGAGGGUAAAGAAUGCUGCUAGAGAUUUGGUGGCUUUCAUAAAUUCUGAUCUUCUAGGAGGGACUGUUAGCCAAGGACUGUGUUCUCCUCUAAGUUUAAAGCGUAUCCUGAGUGCACAGAUGCUGACUCUUGGUCCUCAGGUUGCACAACCCAGGGGGUUCAGAGUACUCUAUAGAGUGAUGGUGCAAGUGAUGCCCAGCAAGGCACUGUUUGAGGGCACUGUAGAGGUCACUGCAUGGAGCAAACAAGGUAGAAUUGUGGGAGACGUGAACAGAAUCAAUAGGUAUGGAAAUCAGUCGCACUGUGUCACUGACAGUAUUCAACAACUUUACUGUUUCUGUACUGAUUUCUUGAAUGGAAUUCGGUAGAGUGAUCCACAGGAAGUGAGA